AUCGAUGACACCAGUUUUCGGCGCACAGCCCAGAUUCCCUCCAGAAUUCUGUUCUACAAGAUCAAAUACGUUAAAUGACCAAGAAAAUUCAAUAACAUCGAAGGGGUAAAUACAACAACAAGUUUAUUUAGUUCCUGAAAGACGUCGGUGAUUUGAAAUUUUACGCUGUACUUCGUGCAUUCAGGGAGGAGGAACAAUCGUCAUCCGCUGAAAAUCUGCGGCAUCUGCAAGGAGAAGCCACUGUCAGACGUUGUUGCAAAAAGUGUAUUGGAGGUAUUUAGGUCCGUCCACACCAACGAGAUAAAGUGAAGUAAAAAUCAACUGAACCUACUGAAGGAAACCAGUCUCUCGGCAGCUCUCAAAUCGUACGGAUAGAUAGGUGUACCCAUCGGGCCUCAGUGGCAAUCACAAGUGUGUGUUUUUCAGCUUUAUUUUUGACCUACGAAACAGCCUAUCGCCUGUGAAGACAAUUGACGUUGUUCGCGACGUUAUCAACCGAUUUUAAGAUUGAGUGUCCAUUUCUAACGCUAUCAGCACUGCAACGGUUGCAGAAUGCCUUCGUCGGAUCAAGAGAAUAUAAUCCUGGGCGAAUUUCAGGUUCAACAGCCUCUGAUUUUUUUCGUCAAUGGCAAAAAGGUGGUUGACAGUAACCCAAACCCGGACUGUACGCUGCUAACCUACCUACGGGACAAGCUGCGCCUCUGCGGGACCAAGCUGGGUUGUGCCGAAGGUGGCUGUGGAGCAUGUACCGUGAUGAUCUCGAAAGUCGAUCGUAAGACCGAUCGUGUUCUUCACGUGGCUGCCAACGCUUGUCUUACACCGGUUUGCGGGGUACACGGUAUGUCGGUAACCACGGUGGAAGGAAUCGGAAGCACUCGAACUCGUCUGCAUCCGGUGCAGGAAAGAAUUGCUAAGGCCCAUGGAUCGCAGUGUGGCUUUUGCACGCCCGGGAUUGUCAUGUCGAUGUACGCUCUUCUCCGCAGCUCGCCAGUACCAACGAUGAAGGAGCUGGAGGUGGCCUUCCAGGGGAAUUUGUGUAGAUGCACAGGCUACAGACCGAUUAUCGAAGGGUACAAAACCUUCACGCAGGAGUUUGGUGGCCUGCAAAAUGGGUCCUGUGCUAUGGGAGACAAAUGUUGUAAGAAUAUGAACGGAAGCGCUAACGGUUGUGGGACGGAAGUCGACGAUAAACUGUUUGAUGUGAGUGAAUUCACGCCAUUCGACUCGUCCCAGGAGCCGAUCUUUCCCCCAGAACUGAAACUGUCCAAAACGUUGGACGCGGAAGCAUUGUUGUUUCGUUCAAAAACCACCAGCUGGUAUCGGCCAACGAAGCUUGAUCAGCUGCUUGCUCUCAAGAAGAAACACCCGGAAACGAAAAUCAUCGUUGGUAACACCGAAGUGGGAGUUGAGGUUAAGUUCAAGCAUUUCGAAUACCCGGUGCUAGCCUACCCGACACAGAUUGUGGAAAUGACCCGCGUUGAAAAGUUAGCCGAGGGGUUGAAAAUCGGUUCAUCGGUGACCCUGAUGGAGAUGGAACGUGUUAUGCGGGAAGAAAUUGCAGCCAGGCCGGAAUGUGAAACCCGAUUGUACCGGGCGAUUGUUGAUAUGUUGCACUAUUUUGCCGGGAAACAAAUUCGGAAUGUGGCUUCGGUGGGUGGAAACAUUAUGACUGGCAGUCCAAUUUCAGACCUCAAUCCGAUUUUCACUGCUGCGGGAACACAGUUAGAAGUUGCUAGCUUGGAUGGCGGUUAUCGAAAAGUGUACAUGGGAGAUGGAUUUUUCACGGGCUAUCGCAGAAACACAAUCCAACCGCACGAGGUGCUGGUGUCCAUUUUCGUUCCGAAAACGAACAAAAACCAUCAUUUCGUGGCUUUCAAGCAAGCGAAACGUCGUGACGACGAUAUCGCCAUUGUGAAUGGAGCUUUCAAUGUGCUCUUCAAACCCGACACGGACAUCGUGGAUCAAAUUCAUAUGGCUUUCGGUGGUAUGGCACCAACGACGGUGCUUGCUAAGAAAACGGCUCAGGCUUUGGUUGGACGAAAAUGGGACCAUGAUUUGGUAGAAAAGGCGAACAAUCUAUUGGUAGAAGAACUUCCUCUAAGUCCAAGCGCCCCGGGAGGAAUGAUCCUUUAUCGCCGAUCACUAACAUUGAGUUUAUUUUUCAAAGCGUAUCUCACCAUCAGCGAGACACUAUCGGAACAAAUCCCAAAACGGGAGCCAGUUCCAGAGCGAGAGAAAAGUGGUGCACACACUUUCCACACCCUAGAUCCUAAAAGUGCGCAACUGUUCGAGAAAGUUUCUACGAGUCAACCCAUAACGGAUCCAAUUCGAAGACCAAAGGUUCAUGCUUCAGCAUUCAAACAGGUUGCCGGGGAGGCGGUCUAUUGCGAUGACAUUCCGAAAUACAGUAACGAGUUAUAUUUGGCGCUGGUAACCAGCACGAAGGCCCACGCUAAAAUACUUUCGAUUGAUCCUUCGGAAGCGUUAGCAAUUGACGGAGUUCAUCGAUUUUUCUCCGCAAAAGACCUAUCGGACGAAAACAGUCGAUGUGGAGCAGUGUUCCACGAUGAAUACGUAUUCUAUAAGGAUUUAGUCACCAGCCAAGGGCAGAUCAUCGGUGCGAUUGUAGCGGACGAUCAGACUAUCGCUCAGAGAGCCGCUCGGAAAGUCAAAAUUGCCUAUGAAGAACUGUCUCCAGUUAUCGUGACUAUCGAAGAUGCCAUCGAAAAGCAGUCCUUCUAUCCUGGCUAUCCAAAACAGAUCGUGCAGGGUGAUAUAGUCGAAGGAUUCCGGCAAGCUGCCCAUGUUGUGGAGGGCCUCUGUCGACUAGGGGGACAGGAGCACUUCUAUCUAGAGACCCAAGCAUGCGUUGCCGUUCCUAAGGAUUCCGACGAAAUCGAGGUGUUUAGCUCUUCGCAGCAUCCAACCGAGAUACAACAGCACGUGGCACACGCUUUGGGAAUGCCAUCGUGUAAAGUUGUGUCUCGGGUGAAACGCCUGGGAGGUGGGUUUGGGGGUAAAGAAUCGCGAGCUGCAAUGCUAGCCGUUCCGGUUGCCCUGGCAGCUUACACACUUCGAAGACCUGUCCGUUGUAUGCUGGACCGUGAUGAAGAUAUGGCUAUCACCGGCACUCGCCAUCCGUUCUACUUUACCUACAAAGUCGGUGUGGAUAAAGACGGUCGACUGCUGGCGGGUGAUUUUAAGGCGUACAACAACGCGGGAUAUUCCAUGGAUUUGUCCUUCUCGGUUCUUGAACGUGCCAUGUUCCACAUUCAAAACGCUUACAAGUUUCCGAACUUACGAGUACAGGGAUGGGUUUGCAAGACGAAUCUUCCCUCGAAUACCGCAUUCCGCGGUUUCGGAGGACCCCAAGGCAUGCUGGCUGCUGAAACUAUGAUGAGACAUGUAGCUCGGAGCUUAAAACGAGACUAUGUCGAACUAGUCGAACUCAACCUGUACCAGGAGGGGGACAAAACGCACUAUAAUGAACCCAUCAUUAACUGCAAUGUACGAAGAUGUUGGUCCGAAGUUAUCCAAUCAUCAAAUUUCCACAAUCGCCGAACCGAGAUCGAGCAGUUCAACAAGCAGCACCGAUGUAGAAAGCGUGGUAUCGAUGUGGUACCGACCAUGUUUGGAAUAGCCUUUACAGCCGUCCACCUGAACCAAUCCGGUGCCCUGAUUCACGUAUACCAAGACGGAGCGGUGCUACUGUCACACGGAGGAACAGAGAUGGGCCAGGGGUUGUACACCAAGAUGAUUCAGGUUGCUGCAACGACCCUGAGAAUACCAUUCGAAAAGAUACACAUUUCGGAAACAUCUACGGACAAAGUACCCAAUACUCCACCGACUGCGGCCAGUGCUGGAUCGGACUUGAAUGGAAUGGCUGUUGUCAACGCCUGUAAGAUUAUCUACGACCGGUUGGAACCCUACCGUAAACAGUACCCCGAUGGAGAUUGGAACUUGUGGGUAACCAAAGCUUACUUCGAUCGCGUAUCAUUAUCGGCAACUGGAUUCUACGCCACGCCUGAUAUCGGCUACGACUUUGCGACGAACGCUGGAAACCCGUUUAACUAUUUCACGUUUGGAGCUGCGUGCUCCGAAGUUGAAAUCGAUUGCUUAACCGGUGAUCAUCAAGUUAUUCGCACGGAUAUUGUAAUGGAUCUAGGGUCUAGUAUCAAUCCAGCCAUCGACAUCGGACAAAUUGAGGGAGGAUUUAUGCAGGGUUACGGUCUUUUCACGCUGGAGGAAAUGGUGUAUUCUCCAACCGGCACGGUGUACUCGCGGGGACCUGGAGUGUAUAAGAUUCCCGGCUUUGCCGACAUUCCUGGUGAGUUUAACGUGUCGCUGUUGACGGGAGCUCCGAAUCCCAGGGCGGUUUACUCUUCGAAAGCUGUUGGAGAGCCUCCACUGUUUCUAGCGUCGUCAGCUUUCUUCGCCAUCCGCGAGGCCAUUACAGCCGCUCGGAAGGAGGAGAAUUUGGGUGACGAUUUCAACUUGGUUUCACCUGCCACAUCGGCCAGGAUUCGACUUGCGUGUCAGGAUAGCAUUACGAUGAAGUUCCAGGAGGCAGAACCAGGAUCCUAUACUCCAUGGAAUGUGAUGCCGUAAUCAUGUUGAUUUCAUUAACAGAAAACUACUCCAAAUACUGUAUAAAUUACAAUCUAUCAUUGUGACUACAUUGUUUAGAUUACGUGAAAGAAUACAAUAAAAUAAGUGAUGAAACUCAA